AUGGCCCGCAAUCCGGCCCUCGCCUCGCCGAGCUCCAUGGUGGGGCAGGCGGGCGGCCUGCUCGCCUCGAACCUCUUCAACAUGUCGGCCGACCUGUCGUACUCGUACAGCAACUUUAGCGGACACGGCCAGGGCGUCCAGUACGGCUCGAUCAAGGCGUCGGCGGCCGCGCCAUCGGCUGGCAUCGCAGCGACCCAGUCCCGGUCGAUGCUGCUCCUGUCGCUCUUCCUCUGCGGCAUCGCCAUGCUCAUGAUCCGCUACCCGGACUGCGCCAUCGGCUGCGAGCGCCGGACGGACCUCAAGGGACCGCGAGGGCUGCCGCUGCUCGGCAACCUCUUCUGGGCGCUCAAGAACCGAGACCCACUCGGCUACCAGGUGUACGCGCAGAAGAAGUACGGCUACGGCAACACGCACACGCUGCCCGGACUGGGCCGGCUGAUCGACAUCUCGCGACCGGACUGGAUUGAGCACGUGCAAAAGACGCAGUUCAGCGACUACGUCAAGGGCCCCUCGUUCCACGACCAGAUGAAGGACGUGCUCGGCGACGGCAUCUUUACCUCGGACGGCGAGCGGUGGAAGAUGCAGCGCAAGGUGGCCAGCCGCAUCUUUAGCGUCUCGUCGUUCAAGCACAUAAUCACGCGCACCAUCCGCGAGGACUGCGCGCUCCUCGAAAAGAUUCUCUACGACCACGCCGACAAGGGCGACACGUUCAACAUGCAGGAGCUCUUUUUCCGCUUCACCCUCAGCUCGUUUGUCAAGAUCGCCUUUAGCCAGGACACGGGCUCGCUCUCCAAGCCCGACCAGCCCGACGAGUUCGGCGAGGCGUUCAACUAUGCCCAAAAGGUCCUCGACAUGCGCUUCGUCCAGCCGUGGUGGAAGCUCAGCGAAAAGUACAACGAGACCGGCCGGAAGAUGCGCGAGUGCCGCAAGAUUAUCGACAACUUCACCGAUGAGAUUGUCGAGAACCGCCGCAGCCAGGCCGCAGCCAAGGCCGCCGGUCGUCUGCCCGCGUCCGACGGCGGCGAAAACGACGGCCGCAAGGACCUGCUCGACCUGUUCAUGGCGCACCGCAUGUCGGAUGGCAGCGGACUGAGCAACAAGCAGCUCAAGGACACCAUCCUCAACCUCCUCAUCGCCGGGCGCGACACGACGGCCGAGGCGCUGUCGUGGAUGACGUGGCACAUCCUCACCAAGCCGUCGCUCUACCGCACCAUCCAGGACGAGAUCGACACGCUGAGCGACGGCGGCGCCACCAACCACGAGAUCGACUACGACGGCUUCGAUCGGCUGCACCUCCAGAAGCUCUCUGCGUUCUACGAGACGCUGCGUCUCCACCCGAGCAUACCCAAGAACAUCCGACGCGCCGUCAACGACGACGUCCUCCCCAACGGCGGUCCGCGCAUCCGCAAGGGCGACAUCGUCCUCUACUCGGACUGGGCCAUGGCGAGGAACCCGGACAUCUGGGGCAAGGACGCGUGCGAGUUCCGUCCGGACCGCUGGAUCGACUCCGAGUCCAACGGCGACCACGCGGGCGAGGCGACCGAGUCGAUCCGCAAGGUGAGCCAAUUCAAGGCCCACUUUUUCAACGGCGGCCCGCGCCUCUGCCUCGGCCAGAAGCUGGCCACGUUCGAGGUGACGCAGGUCAUCAACUCGAUCUUUGGCAAGUUUGACCUCGAGCUCGUCGACCUGGGCGGCAAGAAGUCGACCGGCAGGGACAAGGUGCCCGAGUACCUCAACUCGCUCACGCACCCCAUGAAGCGGCCGCUCAUGGUCCGCGUCAAGCGUCGUGGUGCCUCUGCGCCGACCGCAUAG